AUGGGUCAUACAGAAAACCUGAGCAAGAAACCUACAACGGUGCUGUCCCAGAGUUCCACGUAUGGUAUGGGAAAUGCUUCGUACGCCAAUGACGGUAACCUAAACACAACAGAAAGUGAUUGCGCCCAUACUGCUCACAACCAGUCUAAGGCUUGGUUCCAAGUGGAUCUUGGAAAACCUCACGGAAUACAGCAUGUUAAAAUUUAUUAUCGACGAGAAGGUGAUGGAGCUAUAGAUUGGAAGCAAUAUAGAUUUAGAAAGUUCUAUUUGGACGUUUCUAACUCAUCCGCAUCUGGCAGUAUGACGUCACAGAGGGCUCGCUGCUUUACCGACAAUACUAAGGAACCAACCUUACCCCCUAAUAUCAUUGAUAUUCCUUGUGAACAGUGGGCGAGAUAUGUCAUUGUGGAAUCCACUUACAAAGCUCCAGAAGAUAACCGUUCAACAGGGCCAAUUCUGGAAAUUUGUGAGAUAGAAGUUUAUGGUAAUUGA